GAGAGUGACGCAGACGGGGGUGGUGGUGUCGUGUGCUGGGUGAUCCUUCACUCUCCACAUCGACUACCUUUACCGAAGGGCUGGUCCCGGCUUUCCUACCGUAACCUGUCUUCCUACUAUAGUGCUAUCUCUAUGACAGACCUGCGCCUGUAGUCCUUCGGCGCUCAAGAUACCCUGCUCGACAUAGCCGGCGCUGCGCAUAUACCCCCAGUUACACCACAUCUUAUCUGUACCCGCGCAACAUGUCCUCCUCCACUCGCCCCAAACCAGCGCGCAAGACCUCAGGCCAGAACCACCGCAGCACACUCUCGCUACAGCGGACCGAGGUCGUCAUCAAUGUCUACGAUCUGCUGCCGCCGGGCAAGGUCUCCACUGUGCUGUGGGCUAUAGGCAGCUCUCUGCUACAUUCAGGUGUGGUCAUCGGCGAUAGGGAAUACGCAUACGGGGGCCAUGACCGGCGAGGCCUGACCGGCGUAUACUGGACGAAGCCGGCGCAAGAACCCCCGGGUGGAACGCUCAAGCAGUCGAUACUCCAUGGCUUCUCGUUCCGGCCAGCGGAAGAGCUAGAUGCCAUCAUACAUCAGGCUUCUGAGGAAUUCCAAGGGACCUCCUACAACCUCCUCACCAAGAACUGCAACCACUUCACGUCCUACCUCUGCGAGAAGCUCACUGGGCGGCCUGCGCCGGGCUGGAUCAACCGCGCCGCCAGCAUAGGCGUAGCUCUCCCAUGCGUUGUGCCACGGGAAUGGAUUGCGCCACCGGAUUAUGAUACUGCGGAUGGAGAGCUUCUUGACGAGGACUUCGACGAAAGAACGUCUAUGUUACGGCACGGCGAGCACCAAGGACGGUAUCGUAAUGCUUCAGAGGAGGCAGAGCGGCAGGAAGCGCGCGGUUCUGGCAGUAGUAGUCGAGGUGAGCAAGGAGGCCCAAGAGGGAAUCCUCGGCCUGCGCCCGCAGAUCAUGGCCCCCGGCUGGUCAACCUCAAAGAAACCGAUAGCAGUGGCCAUAAGAUACCGGCAGCGGAAAGAGCGCCCCUCCCAAAGAAUUUGAUAUGACUCGUCCUAGUCGUACAUGCCUGCACACUGCUGGUGUACAAUCUUU